AUGUCCGCGAUAAAAGUUAACUUCGAAAUAGGACACGAAGCUUCAAUGAAAUCUAAGAAGACCCCAGAGGGAUUUACUCAUGAUUGGGAAGUUUUCGUGCGAGGCCAAGAAGGUGCUGAUAUCAGUCACUUUGUUGACAAAGUUGUUUUUCUUCUUCACGAAACUUUUCCCAAACCCCGAAGAGUUGUUAAAGACCCUCCAUUUACAAUAAAAGAGGCAGGUUAUGCAGGCUUCAUCUUUCCAAUAGAAAUAUAUUUAAAAAAUAAAGAUGAGCCAAAAAAAAUUAAAUUUACCUAUGAUUUGACAUUACAACAAAGUGCUUUUCUUAGAGAUCGCUACAUUUUUCAAAAUCCCAAUGAAGAGUUUAAAAGAAAAUUGCUAAAAGGAGGAGGAAUUCCCAUGAGUAACAAUGCUUAUUAUACAAAUCCUGAUCAAGAAAGUAGAAGUAGAGAUUCUUUUACUGAUGAUAAGCAACAACUUGUUAGCAAACCAAAGCUUUCUUCUGAACACACGAAAAAACAUAAAACAAAAGAGUAUAAAGAUGAAAUACCUUUAAAAGCAAGUAGUUUUGAGACACUUUUUGGAGCACCUAUUCAGAAACCUCCUAAAGUUUCACCUGAUCCAAAGAAGAUGGAAAAAAGCACACAACCUGUUAAAUCAGAAAAGAAAGAGAAAGAGAGGUCAAGUUCUGAUAAGAAAUCAAAACAUGAACAUAAAGAGAGUAAACCAGAUAAGACAAAAGUUAAAGAAGAACGGGAGAAACAAAAAGUUGAAAAAUUAAAAAACCAUAGUAGAGAACAAGAAAGAUCUAAAGAUAAAACAAGUAAGAGAGCCAGUGAGAAGCCGCCUUCACCAGAGCCACCUAAAAAGAAGUGUCUUAGUCCAAAUCGCAAAGUUCCUAGCCCAGCGCCACGUUCUAGUAGUGCUCAAAGUAUUAAAGAAGAGUAUAAACCACAAAAGCAUAGUUUAGAUAACUUUGAACACAAAAAACCAAAAGUAGAAGAUAGACCUCCUGAUAUAAAACUAGAAAAAGAACCAAAAGAGAAAAAGAAAAAAGAGAAGAAAAGUCAUGAUAGGGAAAAAGAGAGAAAGGAAAAGAAAGACUAUAAAAAAGAGACCCAUAAAAUUAAAGAUUUAGAAACAAAAGAAGUAGUUAAAGAACUGCCAAAAGCAAGGGAAGUUAUUAAAGAUAAAGAAUCUAAAGAUUCACCAAUAAAAGAGAGGCAAAUAAAAUCAGAAAAACCAAUCAAUAAAUUUUCAAUUGAAAAUUUGAGAAAAACCCCUCCACCAGAAGUUGAGGAUCGUUCAGAUUCCCAUAAAACAAAAGAAAAGGGUGACUCUGAAAGGAAACAUAAACAUAAAAAGAAAGAUAAAAAACGUGAUGAAUCAAAAGAAAAGCACAAAGAGAGCAGUAAAGAAAAAAAACGUAAACAUGAGAAAGCUCGAGAAAAUCAAGAAAAUAAAGUGGAAGUUGUAGAACACAGAGAAACACCAAUUCCUAGGGAGCGUCAUAUACCAGAACUUGCAUCACCAAUAUCUAUAGAUACAGCAUCACAGUGCAGCUCAAAAAGUGGGUUAACUAAAACUAUUCACAUUGGGACUGAGGAUAUUAAUAGCAGUCAUUCAGAUUCAGAUCAUUCAAUUAUAAAUGAUGAUGAUGAUGUUAAAAUAAAAACAGAACAUCUCUCACCUGAACCAGUUGUGAAGCGUGAGCCGACACCAGAGCCCGAGCCACCUGAACCAGAGCCUGUACCAGUUCCUAUACCUAUUGAGAACCCACCAGUGCAAAAAUCGAAAAAACAUAAAGAUAAAUCAUCAAAGAAAGAAGAAAAGCGACGCAAGAGAAAAGCAGAGGCAGAGGAAUUAGAAAAUCGCAAAGUAGCAAAGCCAAAUGAUUCUGCCCCUGUUAUAAGUGAAACUGAUUGCGGAGAGAGUAGCGCAUCUACGUCAAUGGAGACGAAAGUGCAAGACAAUGGUGUUUCAAGCAGCCUAGGUGAAGAUGCAGAACCUGGUGACUUGUCACCUGACUAUAUGGUACAGUUAAGAGGUCUACAGCAACGCAUUAUGAUGAUUAAAAAUAAUGAGGAUCUUGAGAGAGUGGUAAAUUUAAUAGCAGAGACUGGUAGGUAUGAAGUGACGACCCAGACAUUUGACUUUGAUCUGUGCCUGUUAGAUCGCUCUACUGUUCAACAACUUAUACAGUUGGUUGGCUGUUAG